AUGCUUUUGGAGCUAGCUAGUUCAUUUGCCAAUCGAUUUGCAACCAAGGGAUAUGGUAUUUUUGAAAGUGGUGACGCGAGACUUCCCAUAAGUGAUCGUGAUUUGGAGAAUCGACGUCAAAUCGAUGAAAUCUGUCGUCCUCUAAUGAUCAGUGAUAACAAUUUAAAGCGAGUGAUGAGCGAAUUGCUUAAAGCAAUGGAGAAAGGCCUGAAUCGCAAAUCUGCAUCAUUCGCAGCAGUGAAAAUGUUGCCUUCCUUUGUUCGCGCAGUGCCGAAUGGUACUGAAGUGGGGAAUUUCCUCGCGCUUGAUCUUGGCGGCACCAAUUUUCGCGUGUUACUGAUUAAGUUGGAUGGACGAAAUGCCGAAAUGACCGGGACGAUUUUCCGUAUACCAGAAAAUAUCAUGCGUGGAACUGGCGAAGGGCUGUUCGAUCAUAUCGCUGAGUGCAUGGCCCGUUUCAUGGAGGAAAAAAAUAUGAAGCAAACUGGAAAACUUCCACUUGGUUUCACGUUUUCAUUUCCAUGUCGACAAGAAAAUCUGACGUGUGCGAAACUUAUCAACUGGACCAAAGGUUUCAGUGCAAGUGAUGUUAAGGAUAAGGAUGUCGUCACUCUAUUACGUGAAGCUUGCAAACGUCGAAAGGACAUUGACAUUGAUGUGGUAGCUGUUCUAAACGAUACAGUUGGUACGUUGAUGGCUUGCGCAUUCAAAGAAAACACAUGUCAAAUUGGUGUUAUCGUCGGUACAGGCACCAAUGCAUGCUAUAUGGAAAAAAUUGAAAAUUGCGAUAAAAUCAAGUACUUGCAAGAAGAUGAUAUGCCAAAUGAGAUGAUCAUCAAUACUGAAUGGGGAGCAUUUGGAGAUGACGGUACCCUGGAAUUUUUGCGUACUCGUUUUGAUCGAGAAGUGGAUGAGAAGUCGAUCAAUCCUGGCAAGCAACUAUUCGAAAAAAUGAUCUCGGGUAUGUAUAUGGGCGAAAUUGUUCGUGUCAUUCUAGCUCAUUUGGCACGCGAGAAUCUUCUUUUUAACGGCGAUUACGAAGCCAUUUCAAAGCCACAUUCAUUCCCGACCAAAUUUGUUUCUGAAGUUGAAAAAGAAAUUUUGGAAGACGAAGAGCGAAAUUUCGCAAAAACAAUGCAGAUUUUGGAAGAAAUUGGAACUGAAGAAGUAUCAGUUGCUGAUUGCAUCAGUGUUGCAUACGUAUGCUCGCUUGUUAGUACACGAGCUGCAUACUUAUGUGCUGCUGGCAUAGCAACAUUGCUCAAUCGAAUGCAAAAACCGUACGUGACAGUUGGUGUUGACGGUUCAGUAUAUCGAUUUCAUCCCACUUUUCCACGCCUGCUUGAUGAGAAAAUACGGCAGUUGGUUGAUAAGAAUUUGAAGUAUCAGUUGAUGCUCUCAGAAGAUGGAAGCGGUCGUGGAGCGGCACUAGUAGCGGCAGUUGCAUCGCGAAUCAGAAGUAAAAGUUGUUCUGAAGCAUCUGCUAAUUGA